AAAAAAAAAAAAAAAAUGUCUUUGUUUUUUAUUGUUCUAUCAUUGAUUGUUCAGUUCCAGUCUUUUGAAGUUUUCUUUAUAUGUUUUGGACUUCAGGGAACAGGUGAGACUCAAGGCAUAAUCCUUGACUUCGAAGACCAUAAGAAGAGUUCAGAGUCAAAAAGACCUUCUAAAGUCAGCAACCAGAAUUCCAUUGCGUGGUUGAAGAAAAAUUUCAAGAAUGCAUUUAAUUUUAGAGGUGAAGAAGAUAAAGAUCAGAUCAAAAUGUGCACCAAAAUGUUUCGACCAAUGCUCAAUUUGAGACUGCUUCAAAUCAAUCAUGUGAACUUGGAGGGAGACUUUAAGCAUCUGCCUGCUAAUCUGAAAUGGCUACAAUGGAAAGGGUGCCCUUUGGAAGCUCUUCCUUCUGAUUUUUGCCCAAGGAAACUUGCUGUCAUUGAUCUCUCAGAGAGUAAGAUUAAACAAGUCCAGUUCAAGAUGGCUAAGGAAUUGCAGGUUAUGAAUCUCCUUGGUUGUUUUAAUCUGACUGCUACACCUGAUUUCUCUGGGCAUCCAAAAUUGGAAAAACUGAUUCUUGAGCGUUGUUUAAAGCUGAAAGAGGUUCAUAAAUCAGUUGGGGAUCUUAGCAUGUUACGCCUUUUAAACCUGAAAGACUGUCGGAGUCUGGAGGAUUUUCCAAAUGAUAUCUCUGGUUUGAGAAACCUUGAAACCCUUAACCUCUCUUGUUGCUUGAAGCUGAAACAAUUACCAGAAGAUUUGAUGCCCAUCAUGUCUUUGAAAGAGCUUUUGGUUGAUCAAACUGCCAUAGUUAAGCUACCUGAUUCUAUAUUCCAUCUCAAGAAAGUUGAGAGGUUAAGUCUCAAAGAUUGUCGAUCGCUGAAGCAACUACCAAUUUCAAUAGGAGAAUUGGUUUCUUUAAGAGAACUCCAUCUUGAUGGUUCUGCUUUGGAAGAACUACCUGAUUCCAUUGGAUUGUUAAAAAACCUGGAAAUUCUAAAUUUAAUGAGGUGCAAAUCAAUCACUGCAAUUCCUGAUUCCAUUGGCAAUCUGAGAUCAUUGUUGAGACUUUUUCUUGAUGGUAGUGCAAUCAAAGAACUGCCAGAUUCCAUUGGCUCUCUAUCUGAUUUGAAGCACUUAUAUUUGAGUCGUUGCCGGUCCCUUUGUAAAUUGCCUGCUUCUAUCGGAAGAUUAAUGUCUAUGGUUGAACUUCAUCUGGACUUCACACCAAUCAGGGAACUACCGAAUGAGAUUGGAAAAUUGAACAUGCUUGAGAAGCUUCAAAUGAUUGACUGUACGUCGCUUGCCUGUUUACCACUUUCAAUUGGAUACAUGUCAAAUCUAACUACUUUGGUCCUAGAAAAUGGCAUUAUAACGGAGUUGCCAGAGUCUAUCUGUUUAUUGGAGAAGCUCAAGGUUUUGAGAGUCACAAAUUGUAAACAGCUUAGCCAACUUCCAGAAUCAAUUGGAAAACUAAAGAAUCUGUGCUGGCUCCGAAUGGAAGAAACUGGUGUAGCAGUACUACCUGAAGAAUUUGGGGGGCUUUCAAGUUUAAUGAUAUUGAGAAUGGAAAAAGGCCCACAUCCUGAACUACCUAAAAACACUGAAUGUACCGAGCUGACUGCUCUCAAUCUGAAGUAUGGCGGGUCCCAUAAGCUCCUUGUUCUUCCUAGUAGUUUCUCAAAUCUCUCUUUGUUACGUGAACUUUAUGCUUCUUCCUGCAAAAUAUCUUGGAUUCCUGAUGAUUUUGAGAAGUUGUCAUCAUUGGAGAUCUUAAAUCUGCGUCACAAUAAUUUCUGCAGUCUUCCAUCCAGCCUAAGUGGUCUUUCUGUUCUCAAGAAACUGCUUUUAUCACAUUGUACAGAGCUCAAGUCUCUCCCUCUUCUUCCCUCAAGUUUGGUUAAUCUAGAUGUUAGGAAUUGCACUUCCCUGGAAAGUAUAUUUGAUCUGUCAAAUUUGGAGAAACUAGAGGAUCUGCACCUCACGAAUUGCAAUAAAGUAGUGGAUGUUCCGGGCCUCGAAUGCUUGAAGUCUUUAGAAAGAUUGUAUAUGAGUGGUUGCACCAAAUGUCAUCCGGUCAUAAAGAGAAGAUUCUCGAAGGUUGCUUUAAAGCAUAUGCGCUAUUUAAGUUUUCCUGGAAGUGAAAUACCAGACUGGUUUGUUCAGGAGACGGUGAGAUUUUCAAGCCGAAAGAACCACAAGAUCAAAGCUGUGAUUAUAGGUGUUGUCAUCUCUCUUGACCAACAAAUACAGGAUGACAAUAGAAAUAAGUUGAUUGAUAUUGUUGACAUUCAAGCGAAUCUCCUUCGAGAUAACACACUCGGGCCAAUGUACAAGCACACGAUGAAAUUGCUAGGAGUUCCAAAGACUGAUGAGGAUCAAGUGUAUUUGCUCCGCUAUCCAAAUUCUCAUCCACUAACAUUGUUGCUACAUGACGGCGAUAAAAUUCAGGUAACAAUGCGAGACCCAACAUGGUUUAAAGGACUUACAUUGAAGAAGUAUGGGAUCCAUCUGAUUUUUGAAGAUGAUGAUGACUAUGAUGGUGAUGAAGAAUCAUUGACUGAAAGCCAACAAUCUGUCUCUGAGAAACUGGCAAGGUUUUUCAGUUCCUUGUGAUGACUUCUCCAAAACUCUUCUUGCAUAAUACUGAAGAGGGGAUAAUGUUCCCUGUCACAAUAAUGAAUUAGGACUGGUGCAACAGUUACUGCUGGAAAUGACACAAUCAAACAGUAUAAAAGUCUUCCUUCAUUUUGAUUCUUUUUUCUAA